CAGUCCAUAACGGCCCUGCCAUGAUUCGACAAUUGUUCGAGAGCUCACUCACGCCCUCUUGCUCCUCGACAUCAUCAUCGUCCUUCCUGCAAUUCGACCCGGAGCAACCCACCGUCUCCUCUACCUCUCCGAAGCUAUCGUUGCCCGAUAACCGCCCAAGAUGUCUGACGAGGAGCGCGAAACCAAGCCUUUCAAGUUCGUCACUGCUGGUGUCGAUGCCCGAUUCCCCAACCAAAACCAGACCAAGCACUGCUGGCAGAACUACGUCGACUACCACAAGUGCAUCAACGCUAAGGGCGAGGACUUUGCCCCUUGCCGCCAGUUCUUCCUUGCCUACCGAUCCCUAUGCCCUAGUGGAUGGUAUCAGCGGUGGGAUGACCAGCGAGGUUCGUGCAGACCCGCGCUAGUUAUAUGGGCUAUGACAGGACUGACCGAUUAUAUCGCAGAAGCUGGAAACUUCCCGGUGAAGCUCGAUGCCUAAGUUAUACACGAAGACUGAGGGGUGGCGCUACCAAUAAACAGGAGAGGCUGGGACAACCUCACGAUGUAGAAUUAGGUCUUGGGUCCAGCCAGCAAUUAGACAUGUUGCCAAUCAUGU